GGAUAUAAAACAGCAUCCCAUCAAAGCAAAAUGACCCGUGUGAUAUUUUUUACAUAACACCUUUCACAAGUUAAACACCACUAUUCCCAUCGUAAUUCCCCUACGCAAUGUUAAAUACCAGACUUUCACUCAAGAUUGGCCCGGUAGAUCUGGCCUUCUGAUGGAGGAACGUCAGGAAUAGAAAGUCAUCUAAGCCUAGCAUCUUAUCUCGAUGACACAUGUCGAAGCCAUAUGGGCGGGACCAGGGGGGAGAAGGCAGCCCAUGGUCCCAUAUCUAUCGAUCCAUUCCCAGACCACAAAGAUGUUUCUUUAAUCGCCGGAAGAAAUCGCCAUUGACCAAAUUGGUCCUCUUACUUCCUCAGUUUUUCGAUCCAGGAGAUCGUCUACCGAGAGGAAGGAUGCUGUCAGUUAGUUGCCAGUACGACUCUGUUGGUAUCCCAGUAAGGAAGUACAUUCGGUUUUGUGGUACCUUGUGUAAGCCCCUUGUUGUUUUCUUACUGUUCGAGCCAGAAACGUAUCCGAAUCGAAAUCUGGUAUUGUAUCUUAUUGAAUUGGAUCUGGAGUUGCUUAUAGCCAAGGCAGAUCCCAUAAAGACAGGGGUCCAGACCGUACAAUAUAUCAGCCACGCUCUUUACGCCCCGGUUGACUCAUGA